AUGAGUCAGCGUGUGAGUGACGAGGCUGUGACAAAGGCCAUGGGGGAAAUAACAAGUGGGGCUUCUUCACGUAGGCAUGGAGAUACUUUGCCACACAUUCACAAGGUCGGAUCUCCUCCUAAGCAGACACUUCUCCAAGAGAUCAAAUAUUCUGUGGCGGAGACUUUCUUCCCAGACAGACCAUUUGACAAAUAUAAAGACCAAACCUGGGGUAGAAUGUUUCUGUUAGGCCUGCAAUCUCUCUUCCCUAUUCUCGAAUGGGGGAGACAUUACGAUCUUAAAAAAUUCAGAGGUGAUUUAAUUUCUGGACUCACCAUUGCAAGUCUCUGUAUCCCUCAGGACAUUGGAUACUCUAAGCUUGCGAACUUGGAUCCCCAAUAUGCACUAUACGCAAGUUUUGUGGCUCCUCUUGUGUAUGCUGUCAUGGGAAGCUCAAGAGAUAUUGCCAUUGGACCCGUAGCUGUGGUGUCCCUCUUGCUUGGGACUAUGCUAACCGAUGAGAUCAGUAACUUCAAAAGUCAUGAAUACCUGCGUCUUACAUUUACUGCCACCUUCUUCGCCGGUGUCACUCAAAUGGCACUUGGUGUUCUCAGGCUUGGUUUCUUGAUUGACUUUUUGUCUCAUGCUGCCAUUGUGGGAUUCAUGGCUGGAGCAGCCAUUACUAUUGGACUGCAACAGCUUAAGGGUCUACUUGGCAUACAAAACUUCACUAAGAAAACUGAUAUUGUUUCUGUCAUGCGCUCGGUGUUCAAAUCAGCACACCAUGGGUGGAAUUGGGAGACAAUAGUCAUUGGAUUAGCAUUCUUGGUUUUCCUUCUUAUAACCAAGUACAUUGCUAAAAGGAAUAAGAAACUCUUCUGGGUGGCUGCAAUUUCUCCUAUGAUAUCGGUUAUACUGUCUACCUUUUUUGUCUACAUUACCAGGGCAGACAAGAAAGGAGUGGCAAUUGUGCAUCAUGUUCAAAAGGGUGUGAAUCCAUCAUCUGCUGGCGAGAUUUAUUUCAGUGGAAAAUACCUAGGCCCCGGUAUUCGGAUUGGUGUGAUAGCUGGUCUGGUAGCUCUCACGGAAGCUGUAGCAAUUGGGAGAACAUUUGCUGCCAUGAAAGACUAUCCAUUGGAUGGUAACAAAGAAAUGAUGGCAAUGGGAGCAAUGAACAUUGUUGGUUCUCUAACAUCUGCUUACGUGGCUACAGGCUCAUUUUCUCGGUCAGCAGUAAACUACAUGGCUGGUUGUAAAACUGCUGUAUCGAACAUCGUUAUGUCCACUGUUGUGUUAUUGACCCUGCUACUUAUUACGCCACUAUUUAAGUACACUCCAAAUGCAGUGAUUGCUUCUAUUAUAAUAGCUGCCGUGGCUGGCCUUGUGGACAUUGAAGCUAUUAUUCUUUUAUGGAAGAUUGACAAGUUCGACUUUGUUGCUUGCUUGGGAGCCUUUUUUGGUGUGAUCUUCAAAAGUGUUGAGAUUGGCCUUCUAAUUGCGGUGGCUAUAUCUUUUGCUAAAAUCCUUUUACAAGUGACAAGGCCAAGGACUACAGUACUAGGGAAGCUUCCAGGAACUACUAUUUAUAGGAACGUCCAACAAUACCCCAAAGCAACCCAAAUUGAUGGCAUGCUGAUUAUCAGGGUUGACUCUGCAAUCUACUUCUCAAAUUCUAACUAUAUUAAGGAGAGAAUUUUGAGAUGGCUGACUGAUGAAGAAGCCCAGAGGACAGCAAAUAGAUUGUCCAGAAUAGAGUAUCUCACUGUUGAGAUGUCACCUGUUACUGAUAUUGACACAAGUGGCAUCCAUGCUUUUGAAGAGUUAUACAAGAGCCUUCAGAAAAGAAAAGUCCAGCUUAUCUUGGCAAACCCAGGGCCAAUUGUAAUAGAGAAGCUCCAUGCAUCACAGUUAACAGGAAUCAUUGGCGAAAAUAACAUAUUUCUAACAGUGGCUGAUGCUGUUUCAACUUUUACUCCAAAGGGUGAAGGAGUAGUAUGA